UCAUUCAAGGAAACGGAAGUAGCCUUUCUUGGGGUACCGGUGUUGACCAAGCUGAUCACAAUGGUCUGGGCACUUCUCAAAUAAUAACCAAUACAUAAAGGACUUAGAUAUCAACGUUGAAGUACAACUGAGAUCUGGGUUUAAUCAUUGAAACAGAUUUUUUAAUAUUUACGAAGAUAAAAACCGCAGGAGCGAAAAUGACCCACCUCGUCACUGUCAUAGCCCUGCAGCUGUGCUUCCUGUGUUUAUUGGCAUUCCCCGAUGGAUGCAACUUGAGUUUUUCAUCUAGUUCUGGUUCGGGCGGCAAACGUCCUCAUGACAUCACCAGUAAACAGGGUCUCACGGGCCUGUACAACUCAGGCGUGAAAUCCGUAGAGCAUGUGACAAGGCCCCUUGGGGGGUCGGGAGGAUCAAUUGGUUUCAAGCACUCUGGUGUAGUGGUGACAACCAACAGCGGUGACCGCUGGCUGGUUCAUAAGGGCUCAGGAUACGGAGACUCAAGCCAAACGGUUGUUACCAAUGCCAAGCACAUGAGCGGAGACUGGAAAUCAUCAGGCUCUCAGACAGCAAGGCCUGGAACCAGAGUAGCUGAUUACGUCAAGGCUGGGGGGUCCAACUACAACAUGGCUCUUGACAACUGCCAUGAUGGUUCUAAAAGAAUGAUGGACGUGGCGAAACCGAAGGGAAAGCGUUAAAUAAGGCGCGUUGGUGACAUCGCUCUUCGGAGUUAUUCACGUGUUAUACCAAAUUUGUUUUAAAUUAGUUCGUCUUGCGCUUAAGUUCUAAUUUCGAUGAGUCUUUUAAUACAUUUUACUGAAGAUAAUGAAAUUCGUGUUGGAUUGUUAAGGACAUGUUUUUAUCAAAGUUGGAGUGUUCUCCUUUUUUUAGUGGUGAAGUACAGAAUCAUUUUCUAUCGAUAUCGCAGUGUAGAUGGCCAAAUCGUUGAAGCUCUUAGUCGGCGAAAGCACGAGUACAAGUGGAUAGUGCCACUUAGAGAACAAUAAAGAAACAUUUGUUGAAAAAAAAAAGGAUUAAUUAAUCAAUAAUUAUGUAGUCUUGUGCCUACAAUGCUGAAAUUUUUGGACAGACACUUAUGGUAACGUGCUAUCAGCGAGAUAUCUUGUUUCUGGUAUCGCUUAAUUAUAUUUAUUACACACUUUA